GCAUCCGGGGCCCUGCGUGCGCCCGCAACGAAGAUGGCGGCUUCCAUGCUGAAGUGGAAGCGCGUCUCGGGCUCCAGCGGGCCGGUGCCCCGGCCGCGGCACGGCCACCGGGCGGUGGCCAUCAAGGAGCUGAUGGUGGUGUUCGGCGGCGGCAACGAAGGGAUCGUCGACGAGCUCCAUGUUUACAACACGGCCACAAACCAAUGGUUCAUCCCAGCUGUGAGGGGUGACAUUCCGCCCGGAUGUGCUGCCUACGGUUUUGUGUGUGAUGGGACCCGCCUGCUGGUGUUUGGAGGCAUGGUGGAGUAUGGGAAGUACAGCAAUGAUCUCUUUGAACUGCAGGCCAGCCGCUGGGAGUGGAAGAAGCUGAAGCCCAAACCGCCCAAGAACGGGUCGUUGCCGUGUCCACGCCUAGGUCACAGCUUUUCCCUGGUGGGGAAUAAAUGCUACUUGUUUGGAGGCCUGGCCAAUGACAGCGAGGAUCCCAAGAACAACAUUCCACGUUAUCUGAACGAUGUUUACAUAUUGGAGCUGCGGCCCGGCUCAGGGGUACUGAGCUGGGACAACCCCAUCACCUAUGGAGUGCUGCCUCCACCACGGGAGUCUCACACCGCUAUCAUCUACACCGAGAAAACGCUGAAGAAAUCCAAGUUGGUCAUCUACGGAGGCAUGAGUGGUUGCAGGCUCGGAGACCUCUGGACGUUGGACAUCGAUACACUAACGUGGAACAAACCGAACGUGAAUGGUGUUUCCCCACUGCCCCGGAGUCUACACUCGGCUACUGUAAUCGGCAAUAAAAUGUAUGUAUUUGGAGGCUGGGUUCCGUUGGUCAUGGAAGAUGUGAAGGUAGCCACGCAUGAGAAGGAGUGGAAGUGCACCAACACGUUGGCUUGUCUCAAUCUGGACACGAUGACCUGGGAGCCGGUCGUGAUGGAGACGCAGGAGGACAACCUUCCCCGGGCUCGAGCAGGCCACUGCUCGGUCGCCAUCAACUCGCGACUGUACAUCUGGAGUGGGAGGGACGGAUACCGCAAAGCCUGGAACAAUCAAGUGUGCUGCAAGGACCUGUGGUGCCUGGAGACAGAGAAGCCUCCAGCACCAUCGAGGGUGCAGCUGGUCCGUGCCAACACCAACUCGCUGGAGGUGAGCUGGGGCUCCGUGCCCACCGCCGACGCCUACCUGCUGCAACUGCAGAAGUACGACAUCCCGGCUGUGACUCCAGCCUCCCAGCCACUGCCCUCAGUGCCCGCCGGGCAGCCCAAGAGCCCUGCCCCCGCCUCAGCCGCCCCCUCCCCCCAGCAGGUGGGCAGCUCGCUGCUGCCGCUGCCCCCGGGAGCUGCCGUGCCCUGCUCGCCACCGGUGCCAGCCUCUCCUGCCUCCUCGCUGGCCCCUCCGCAGACGCUGCUGGGGGGCGCGGCCCCUACCACCGCCGGAGCCCGGGCGCAAGGUCCAACAGCCGUUCUGCGGGUGGCCUCUCCUCAGGCGCCCACCGUCCUGUCGAGUGGGAGCUCCCUCAUCGCCGUUCGACCAACAGGGAACCAGGGGAAGGUGCCGGUCCCUGUGACAACGCUGUCUAGUGGGGUCCACAUGGUAGUGUCAGCCCAGGGCAGCCAAGGCAUGACCAUCGGAGGCGCGACGCAGAUGAGCGGGAUGGCGGCACUGGCGGCUGCCGCGGCAGCCACGCAGAAGAUCCCCCCAACCACCAUCUCCACCGUGCUCAGCGUUCCCGGCUCUACCAUGAUCAAGACGGUGGCCGUCGCGCCCGGUUCCACGCUGCCAGCGACUGUCAAGGUGGCGUCCUCGCCCAUCAUGGUGAGUAACCCAGCCACCCGGAUGCUGAAGACUGCAGCUGCUCAGGUGGGCACCUCGAGCACAGCGGGAACGUCCAUGCGGCCCAUUAUCACCGUCCACAAGUCGGGCACGGUGACGGUGGCUCAGCAGGCCCAGGUGGUCACCACGGUGGUGGGAGGUGUGACCAAGACCAUCACGCUGGUGAAGUCUCCCAUCUCCAUGGCAGGAGGGAGUGCACUGAUCUCCAGCCUGGGGAAGAUGGUCUCCCUGGUUCAGACUAAGCCAGUCCAGUCGGGAGUGGUGACGGGUCAGGCAACGUCCAGCCCAGUUACCCAGUACAUCCAGACCAAAGGCCCCCUCCCCCCGGGUGCCACCAUCCUGAAGCUGGUGACGUCUGCUGACGGCAAGCCCACCACCAUCAUCACCACGACGCAGGCCGGAGGAGCAGCUGCCGCCAAACCACCCACCAUCCUGGGCAUCAGCAGCAUGUCUGCCAACACCACCAACAAACCGGGCACCACUACCAUCAUCAAGACCAUUCCUGUCUCUGCCCUAAUGGCACAGCAGGGGACAGCAGGGGUCACGAGCAAUACUGGCAUGAAAUCUCCGAUCACCAUCUUCACCACCAAGGUGAUGUCAACGGGCACUAACAGCCCUGCCAAGAUCAUCACCGCUGUGCCAAAGAUCAGCGGAGGAACAAGCCAGCAAGGGCUGACACAGGUAUUACUAAAGGGAGCCCCGGGGCAACCGGGUACCAUUCUGCGCACCGUCCCGGUCAGCGGCAUGCGGUUAGUGACACCAGUAUCGGUCUCAGCGGUGAAGCCAGCUGUCACCACGCUGGUGGUCAAGAGCACAACGGGUGUGACCACCUUGGGCACAGUGACGGGCUCCCUUGGAGGGACCGCUGGGGUGGGCGCCCCCACCAGCCUGGGCACCUUCUCCAGCCAGCUGAUCAACUCGGCGGUCAUCACCGUGUCUGCCGCUCAGUCCGGCCUUGCCACAACCAGCACGCCCACCGUCGCCAUGCAGGCUGCGUCAGAAGCCACACGAGUCACGUUAAUUGCUGCGCCCACCGGGGUGGAGACGUCAUCGAUCCAGGAGUUGCCCGUCACCAUCCUUGCCUCCCCUACGAUGGAGCAGCCCUCACUGGUGCACGUGCCCGAGAGCGGGCAGACUGAGGGACAGGCGUCCGGCAGCCCGCCCUUGGUCUGCUCCAACCCUCCCCAUGAGACGUCAGAGACCAACACCACCAAUACUGCCACGACGGUCACUGCCAACAUGGGUGCCAACCAGGUCCAGCCUCCGCCCACCAAUGCGCAGGGCCUCCCGGAGACGGUGCACGGGGAGACCGCGACGGCGGGCACAACCAACACGGCAACCACGGUGUCUGCGGCACAGACCGGGGCUAACACCACGGUGACACAAUCUACUCCAGCUCCCGGGCCCUCCAUCCCGGGCGUGGCGAGGAUAUCGGAAGGCACAGACGUCACAACGUCGACGGAACAGCCCAGCCCCUCGACCGGCGAGCACCCUCUGGCCCCGGACCCAGGCUCUGGCCCCCAGGCGGCUGCAGAGGAGGAGGCCGGGCCGCCUGGCUCAACGGCAGAGAGUGGGCCCCCACUGCAGCCCGGCGAGCUGGCCCCCCCCCAGGAGCUGAUGGCAGACGCGGUGACAGGGCUGACUCCGGAAGAGCUGGCAGUCACAGCAGCGGCAGAGGCAGCCGAACAGGCAGCUGUCUCCCAGGAGGUGCAGGCUCUUGCCCUUCAGGCUGUACUGCACGCUGCCCAGCAGGCUGCGAUGGGUUCCGGGGAAGCGAUGGAGAUCCCGGAUCCGAAGCAGCAACCGGCCGAGGCGGAUUUAGCCCAGCUGAGUGCCGUGCCCGGCGAUGCCCAACAGAACGCGCUCCCGCUCGCCGUGCUUGCUCAGCACGACCUGGCAGUACUGGUCCAACAGCAGCAGCAACAACAACAGCAGCAGCAGCAACAACAGCAGCAGCUCCUGUCGGCCGGGCCCAGUCAGACCCAGCUACCCACUGAAGCCUUGGCACCUGCUGACAGCCUCAACGAUCCCUCCAGCGAGACCAACGGGCUUGGCGAGCUGGGGGUGCCCACCGUCAACGUUGGCACCCACCCGCUCCUCCCCCCAAGCACCACCGAGGGCCUGGCACCGUCCAGCUCUCUCGCCUCUCCGCAGCCGGUCUCGGCGGCGAGCCCCGGCAAGCUGCAGGCAGCCGCCACCCUCGCGGAAGUCGCCAACGGGAUCGAACCCUCGACCACGAAAGGGGAUGCAGCCCCUGUCACCCCGAAACCUCCCGCCAAGAAGGAUACGAACCAGUGGGUCGAUGUUGGUGUGAUCAAGGCCACGACCACCGUGGUGACCCAUUAUCACUUACCACCGGACGGUUCGCCAGCCAGAGACGACGAUUCCGGGCCGAUGCCAGACUACAGCCAGAUGAAACAGCAGGAGCUCCAGCCUGGCACUGCCUACAAGUUCCGGGUGGCAGGCAUCAAUGCCUGUGGGCGCGGGCCGUUCAGUGAGAUCUCCGCUUUCAAGACGUGUUUGCCUGGUUUCCCGGGGGCUCCGUGUGCCAUUAAAAUAAGCAAGAGCCCAGAUGGAGCCCACCUGACGUGGGAGCCGCCCUCCAUGACAUCGGGGAAGAUUAUCGAGUACUCGGUGUACCUCGCCAUCCAGAGCACCCAGUCGAUGGAGCUGAAACCGAACAGCCCAGCGCAGUUGGCCUUCAUGAGGGUGUACUGUGGGCCCAACCCCUCGUGCCUGGUCCAGUCGGCCAACCUGUCCAACGCCCACAUCGAUUACACCACCAAACCGGCCAUCAUCUUCAGGAUAGCAGCCAGGAACGAGAAGGGGUACGGACCUGCCACGCAGGUCAGGUGGCUCCAAGAAACUAACAAAGAUGGUUCAGUGGUCAAACCAGCAGUGAAGCGAUCCAUCAGCUCCCCAGAAACGAAAUCAUCAAACGUACCCAAGAAGACAAAAUCGGAUGGCCAGUGAAUUUUGUAUUUUCUCUGAUCAUGCACCCCCUCCCGUCCCGCACCGCCCUCCCCUCCCCUCCACCUCCCACCCCGUACACAAAUGGAACAAGAGACCCUGGGAUCGUGCUGAGGGGCGUUUUAAUUCUUCCUCCAACCUCCGCCCUAUACUGAUGAGCCGUGACUGGACACUUCUGCUGGAAGCAGUAAUCUACCCACGGAUCGGGCAAGGAUUGACUGGACAGGACCGGGAGUUGUUUCUAUUUUUAAACACCAGUGAAAACCUAACUCAAACUCCCUUGCCCCCUCAAACCCCUCCCUACUCCCCCCACCCCCACCCCCCAAAGCCCUGCCAGCUCCCUCGUUGUCAAACCCCCUCAGUGCGACAGUUCGGGGAGUUGCGGAUGGAGACCUGGGGUGUGUCGUACCACAGGAAGCAUUGCCUCGCCCCACCAUGUGCGUGGAGCGAGCAGAGAAGAAUACCGUUUUUUUUAUAAAUAUAUAUAUAUAUAUAGGUGUAAAACAGCGCGAGAAUUUUAGUUUACGGAAUUGUUCCCGGUUUCACUCACUCGUGAUGAAGAGUUGCUGAGGAGGGACUGGGACGCUGUCCAGAGACAUCCCCCGCUCCCCAGACAGGAGCUCUCCGAGAAAGAGCUACUGGUUCCCCAUCGAACCGCGACAUUCUGGGUCCUAACACAGGGCGUGUAACCCUUUGGUCUGUUCAUCCCUGUCCUCUGUGCUUCAGUCAUCUCUCCCUGUCCCAUUCUGUCUCCAUCUCUCUGUCUGUGCCUCACUCUGUCUCUCCCCCUCUACCUCCCACACUCUGUCUCUCCCCCUCUGCCUCCCUGCUCUCGGUGUCUCCCCCUCUUUCCCCCCCCCCGUUCGCCUCUAAGCUGGGGAGAGAUGGGCGUGAAGCAAACUGUUUUGACUGAAAGAUGUUUUUAAAGCUGCCUCUGUGUUGUCCCCUCCCAGUUCCUCCUCGGAGCCCCCUAACAUGAAGAUAAUGGUCGGAUGAUCUGUUGGUACUCCUUGGAGCGAGUUUCCCUUUUUUUUUGUAGGACUCCAAUGAUGUUUGUAUUGUGUAGCUUUGUGUCGACAUUUUAUUUUUCCCUUUUUACAUAUGAAAACCAGUAUUUGAAAUAGACGUUUUGGUGGUUGUGGUAAGACUUUCCAUUUCUACUUCAGCAACAUGGGGCACCGCUGGCAAGCUCUCACCCGCUCUGGCCCCAGUACCAUCUGGGUGAGCCCUUAGAACUUGUCUAUUGGCCACAGACAGUAUUCCGAUGCCCCAGCCCCUUCCUCCCGCUGGCUGUCACGGGCGUAUUUGCCCGGCCAUUUUGAAGCAUUUCACUUGGAGGGCAAUUCCGAAAACUCUGUGGCCAUCCCAGCACCAGAUCGGCGUUGGCAGGCUCCCUGAGGGUAUGGGCAUGUGUGGCUCCAUCCCAUCAUCCAGCUCCCAGCUAACCGUAAUCUCUGCUGUUGAUGAGCUUCCUGAACCAUCCUGUGGUGGGCCAUGCUGGCGUUGGGGAGGUCCGUACUCCUGGGAUCUUUACCUGCAUCGUUACCUGGGCCCAGUGUUUACUGUCCAUCCCUAACUGCCCCUCCAGAAAGCGGGGGUGACCCUGUGUGGUGUAGGGACAGCCCGCACAGUGCCCUGUGAGAGAGGGAGUUACAGGAAUCUGAACACGGUCACACUAAAGGAACAGCCCAUACUGUUCUGUUCCUCCCCAGUCCUCGUGGGAUGGGUGCGUAGAGGUGGCGGGCGUGGAAGGUGCUGUCAGAGGAGUCUCCGAGAGACGCUGCAGUGUGUCUUGCAGACGAUACACUGUGCUGCCCCUCUGCAUCAGGGCUGGAGGGAGAGGGUGGUGAAGGUGGGCUCAGCGUGUCAAUCAAGCAGGAGGGGUGCUGCUUUGUCCUGGGUGUUGGUGAGCUUCUCAAGUGUACCCCUCCAGGCAAGUGGGGAGUAUCCCCUCACCCUCCUGACUUGGGCCUUGUCGAUGGUGGGACAGGGCUUUGGGGGGAGAGUCAGGAGGGGAGUUACUCGCUGCAGGAUUCCCUGCCUCUGACCUGGAAGCCUCUUUGCUGUCCGAUCGCCCCCCCCCCCCCCCCACAAAAAAACCCUAAUUUUGAGAAAGUGGGAAGGAAGAAUCUACAUAUGAGACCACUCAGCCCUUAUAGCCUGCUCUCUCAUUCAAAAUGGUGGCUGGUCUGAUUACUGCCCCAUAACGUUUAUCGUGAAUCUAUCUACCUCUGCCUCAAAUGUUGAAAGGCUGUGCAACGUGACGCUAUCAGAUCAUUAGCAAAUGAUGUUUUUUUUUAAUGUCCUGUUAAAUUUACUGAAAGUA